AUGGCGGGCUUGACCUUUUCCCACCCCCUGAUACUUCUUGCCCUGCUCCUUGCCUUCAGUCAAUUCCUCGAAGCAGUUGACUUUUCUAGACCUCGUCAACCGAAGGGUGAUCUGAAAGUCCGGCUCGACUAUGCCCUGGCAACCGAUGGCGGGAGGACCAAGAGGGACAAAAGAGAGGGCCCACACAAAUGGGUCUUUUCUACUUAUCUCGUCUUCAAUGAGCCAGUAUCUUCGAUUACCUCGGGUCAACUGCGACAAAUAGCAUCUGACGCCAUCGACGAAAUGAGCGAAGACAUUAUGCAAUACAAACCGGAGGAUGAUGACAGAACCGGGAGGCCGCGACGCCUCCCGGGGGUUAUGACGAUCAUGGCCUUCGACAACGAAAUCAUUCUGGCCUCGUCACAGAAGGGUUCGGUUGCGUUUCUCAGCCGUUAUCCCGACAAUCCUGAUGUUUGGGGAUGCAACCUGCUGAUCAAGCAUGCAAACAUCGAUGUGGACUACUUCCAGGAUGAUGUUCAGGCGGAGCCGUACAACUUAGAUGAGAUAGCAGGAGGUAUCAAGAGAAUUGGCCAGAUCCAAAUGCACCCUUGUAAUGACAAUAAGAAGGUAUUGUGGAGUGUGAGAAAUGGCAAUUGA